AGGUGUGCUGAAAAGGACUCUUAAAAUGUCUUACAUGUCUGAUUAACUGCAGCAUUACUAUAAAUAUGCAUCCAACCAUUCUAAAAAAGUGAUCGUAAUGGCUACAACCGACACCAAGGACGGCAGUUUCGCGAGUGAUAUGGGUGCUCUGUUAGAAUCCGGCGAGGGUGCGGACGUGACCCUGGUGGUCGGCACCUCGCAGCUGCCGGCCCACAGUUUCGUGUUAGCGGCGAGGAGCCCCGUCUUUGCUGCCACGUUCCGGAACGACACGAAAGAAGCUCGCAGUCGUCGAAUCGAGAUAACUGACGUGCGGGAAGCUGUGCUGAGGCAGCUGCUGCAUUUCGUAUACACCGACGAAGCUCCGCAGCCAGCGAGCACGGCAGCCGAGCUGUUGGCCGCCUCUGACAUGUACUACCUGCCGUUGCUCAAAAAGAGGUGCGAGCAGCAGCUGGCGCAGGGCCUGAGUGUGGACAACGCUGCCGCCACUGCAGUCCUAGCUGUGCUGCACUCCUGUUCGUGGCUCGAGAGUGCGGCUGUGAACUUCAUAGCGAGCCACCCCGAAGUGAUGAUCUCUGCCGGUUGGAUAAAUGUGCUGCGGAGCAAUGCAGAGGCCGCAGUACAAAUCUGCACUCUGGCGGCGGCGGCAGCACCAAACAUCAGGACUUCGUCUGUGAAGCAGACACAGAACAUGGCAGCAAGGCUGAGAGAGGAAGCUAAAUGGGGCAGAGUGGAUGAGCUGCAGAACCUGCUGGCCGAAGGCACACCAGUUGAUGCGAGAGAUACCAGUGGGUCUACAGCCCUGCACCUGGCAGUCAUGAACGCUGGUACAAGUAUGUUAUCCAGUUCGAACAGAGCCUCAGAUGUGGGACUGCGCACUGUCAAGUGUCUGCUGAAUGCGGGGGCAAAUGUCAAUGCGCAAGACUCGAACAAGCAGACACCUCUGCACCUGGCUGCUUAUCGAGGUGAUUUGAAGAUCCUGUGGGUGCUGCUAACGUCGCCAGUGCAGUUAAAUGCCCGCGAUCGUUGGGGGAAAACACCACUCCACUGGGCUGUCACCAAAAAGAAGAAAGAAGUGACGAGGAUGCUGCUGCUUGCCAGAGCGGACAAGGAUGCGAGCGAUAGCGAAGGUUUUACCCCAGAAGAUGUGGCGAGCUCGUCCACUAAAAUAUUAUUCAGUUCUAACGCACUGUCGUCACUGUCCUGGGACGCCGCCUCCACAAACACCGUGACCGGGGGCAGAGCUGGGGACCCCGGCUCACUGAUGCCAGACAGCCGCCACUGGUGUCGGUCGCUGAGACGGGACACCGACCUGUUCCAGUGCUGCCGCUGCCUCACCCCCCAACCCCCCAGCUGCUAUCACGACGCGGCCCGUGGCGCGUGGUUCCGACCACCACGAUAUGACCCGGCAAGGCUGUAG